AUGAAGCGCGAGCGCGAGCGUAGUUUAGCGGAAACACCGGGCGAAAAGUGGGGCGGCAGCCCGUUCGGCAAGUUGGAGGCGGAGGCGAAGGAGUUUGAGCGGGCCGCGGUGGAUCGCUACACCGAAAGCCUCGCACACGUGCAGGGAGACCUCCGCGGACAGUCGGGCGGUGCCGCGGGGUCUAUUAUGCGCUCGCUGCAUGAGCGCUUCAGGCGGAUCGUCAAGAUCGGCCAAGGAAGUUUCGGCGAGGUGUACAUUGUCUACGACACCGUCAACGAAAUGCACCUCACGAUGAAGCGCAUGCAGCUUCUGCGCGGCGCCGGGAGGCGUGUCAUGGGCAUCUGCAACACCACCUCGCGCGAGCUGCAGCUUCUGCGCAUGCUGAAGCACCCGAACGUCGUUGAUCUGCUCGACUACCACGUCGUGCCGGACGGGACGCUGAUCAUGCUGAUGCCCGUUGUCGCGUACGACCUCGUGUCGCUGAUUCGGCUGUGGCGGCGCGGUGGUCCCCGCGGUGAGCCGAGCGCCGGCCGCAUGCCACUGCCGACCAUAAAGUGCAUCUUCCGUCAGCUCCUCACCGGGCUCGCGUACCUCCACAAGGAGCGGGUGAUUCACCGCGACCUGAAGCCGAGUAACGUCAUGAUUGACGAGAAGGGCGUAGUGAAGAUAAUCGACUUUGGAUGGGCCCGCUUCUGCCCAGCGCGGUGGCGCGGGCCGCUGACGGGGCCGCCGUGUCCGGUGAGUUACCGCCCACCGGAGGUCCUCCUCGGAGGCGAACAUGCGGUGAAAUACGACGCCACAGUCGACCUGUGGUGCUGCGGCUGCAUCCUCUUCGAGAUGGUGUCGGGCGGCAAGAUGUUCGUCAACGCACGCAGCGAAGCGGAGGCAGCGGCGGCCAUCGUCGAUUGGCUCGGCUCACCGUCGUCACGGAGUGCGCUGUACUACGGUAGCCCCGAGACCUGCCUCAUGAGCUUCAAGCAGCACCGCAGCAGCCACCUGCAGCACCGCUGUGAGCUGAUGCAGAUUGACAAGAGUACAGUAGGCAUGCUGGAGCAGAUGUUGCAGCUGGAGCCGAAGCGGAGAAAGUCAGCGGCGGAGCUGCUGCAGCACCCGUGGUUUUCCAUUGCGCCCGUGGCGUGUGAACCAAACGAGAUAUCGCUCCCAGCACACAACAUGUACCGCUGGCUGGAGUCGAACCGUUCGUCGUAG